UUUCCGCCUUGUCUCCGGUAACGUUAGCUACCUUCUUUUGCGUUUAACUGACCCAGUGUUGCUGAAAAUAUCGUUUGUUUCUGACAAAUACCGUUUUAAUACUUAGACUAAUUCAGUUUAAUAACGCAUAACUCGUUUUUUUAAUGAGAUUUACAGAAAAUCUAGUUUUAAUGACUCUAUAGUUAGUACUAAAACUGGUUGUGUACGGCAACUAGCUAAACAGCUAGCUCCUGUUUUUUUCGCCGCAUCUAAGCGCUAUGGCGGGGAAUCCUCAACAGCAGCAGGCCGUGAGCAAACCUCCUUCAGGGAAACACGGCAACGUUUUACCUCUGUGGGGCAAUGAGAAGACAAUGAAUCUAAACCCUAUGAUUCUCACGAAUGUGUUAUCAUCUCCGUAUUUCAAGGUUCAGUUGUAUGAGCUGAAGACCUACCAUGAGGUCGUGGACGAGAUCUACUUCAAGGUAACCCAUGUGGAGCCGUGGGAGAAAGGCAGCAGGAAGACGGCGGGACAGACUGGAAUGUGCGGAGGGGUGCGAGGCGUAGGCACAGGUGGUAUCGUCUCUACAGCUUUUUGCCUACUAUAUAAGCUGUUCACACUGAAACUAACUCGCAAACAGGUGAUGGGUCUUAUUACACACACAGACUCCCCGUACAUCCGAGCACUUGGCUUCAUGUAUAUACGAUACACACAACCCCCUGCAGACCUGAUUGAGUGGUUUGAGCCCUUUCUAGAUGAUGAGGAGGAGCUGGACGUAAAGGCAGGUGGUGGGUGCGUGAUGACUAUCGGUGAGAUGCUGCGCUCCUUCCUCACAAAACUUGAAUGGUUCUCCACACUGUUUCCACGUAUCCCAGUGCCUGUGCAGAAAACCAUUGACACACAGAUGAAAAACAGACCACGCAAACCACCACAAAAAGAGGGCAAAGAGGAUGAGGAGGAUGGAGACUGGCACCGCUCAAGGUCCCCAAGGAGAACACCAAGCCCUCGGAGAUCCCCAAACCGCUCCCGGAGCCGCAGUCGCCACGGAGAACGGCAUGGAGCCAGCUUCGACCGUGAGCUUGAAAGAGAGAGGGACCGUCAACGCAAAGAUAGAGACAGGGAACGGGAUAGAGUGGAGCGUGACAGGGUUUCAGACAGGGACAGAGAUCGAGAGAGGGAUCGUCGGCAUUCUCAAACCCCAGAUCGUCCCUCAGAGAGGCGAAAGAGUCGCGAACGGAGGAAUGAGCGAAAAGAGCGGGAUGGAGAGAGUGAAAGAGAGCGAAGCCGUCGGAAGGAGCGGGAGCACAAAGAGCGCACAAGUGGCCCAGAGCGAGAAAGGGGGCGUUCAAAAGAUAAGAGGGCCAAAGGAGAUGAUGAUGCACGCCGUCACAAGGAUGAGCGAGAGGAAAGGAGGUACAGGGAAGAGCGUAAGAGCAAGCGGUCAAGCCAAAGUAGGAGUAGAGAGAGGAGGCACAAAGGUGAGCGCUCAAGUAGGAAACAUUCUCGGUCACGCUCCAGGAGCCGUCAGGAACCAGAGGAGAAGAGCAGGAAGCAUGAGUGCAGCCACAGCAAAGAGCACAUGCACAAACACAGUCACAGCCGAGAACGCAGUCACCGCAGAGAUGCCAGCAACGGGAAAGACCAUAUGAGAACGGACACUGAAGGGACUCCAUAAGCUUCCUCCCUCCAGCCCCCCACCCCCACUUUUUUCUUUUCUGUCUCAUCUUAGGACCUUGUUAUGCGCCCCACCAUUGUCCUACUAAGUCACGGUGUAGAUCUCCUGCAACUUUUUCUGUUCCAUUAUACUUUAAGCUAGUAUGGACAUAAAAGGAAAAAAUGUUUAAAUUUUUAAAUAUUUCUUUUGUUUUGAAGAAACUUGUCUGUAUAUAUAAUGCCGGAGAAUGUUUUAAAUCAUUCAGAUGAACAUGUGCCGAGUGAAACUGGCAGCAUAAACCUGCUGAAAUUGUGCUGUGUUGCAUCUUG